AACAAGACUACUCUCCCAAGUCCUUCGUUCCCAAACCCAGUGGAAAGUAGCGAAAUGUAUCGAACGGCGGCGAAGCGGUUGGUGAGCGGUGCAAGAUACUACUAUACUGGCAAGGUUGGGCUCAGAUUCCGGCCUUCUCAGAUAUUGAUACCCUCUUCUCGCUUUUCCACAUCCGAGACUCAACCACUUCCCAUUCCCGUCGCCACCGAAACCGAAACCCCUAACUCUUCAGAUUCGUCCCCUUCUUCUUCAUCUUCCUCAACAGCCACAAAACCCAGAGCCAAGUACGAGGACCAACAAACUCGCGUGCUUCAGGCCUCGCUCUCUUACGUCUUAAAGUUGGGGUGGACAGAAGCUGCUCUAGUUGCAGGAGCAAGGGAUGUUGGUCUUUCACCAUCUAUCGUUGGAUCUUUGCCCAGAAAGGAAGCAACACUGGUCGAGUAUUUCAUGGACGGCUGCUUACAAAGACUUGUUGAUAAAAUUGACUCAGAUGAGAGUUUAAAAAAUUUGACACCAAGUGACUGCAUCUCUAAGCUUAUCAGAUUUCGUUUAGAAAUGCAAGCUCCAUAUAUAUCAACAUGGCCCCAAGCUCUUAGCAUCCAGGCACAACCUGUUAAUGUUCCUACAAGUUUUAAGCAGAGGGCAGUGCUUGUGGAUGAGAUCUGGCAUGCUGCUGGUGAUAAUGCUUCCGACAUUGAUUGGUAUGCCAAGCGCACUGUCCUUGGAGGAAUAUACUCAACAACUGAGAUUUAUAUGCUGACAGAUAGCUCUCCUGAUUUCCGUGAUACAUGGGCUUUCCUGGAUGCUCGAGUGAAAGAUGCCUUUGAUAUAAAGAAAACCAUUCAAGAGACAUCAAAAUUUUCAGGCACAGUAUUUGGCAGAAGCUGUCAGUACCGGGCUGGGGAACUCCUUUCAAGGGUUUGUCGGGAAAGUUUUCCAGAGAUGAGUCGGGCUGGGGAACUCCUUUCCCUUGGCUAUAUGUUGUUGUUUCAAACAAUGUUUCGAUUGUCACUUGAAGGAGAUGCUAUAUUAUACACGCGUAGUAAUUAGUUAUCUUUCAUUUACUUCAAAUUUGGUCUGUUUUCGGCACUUCCUUCAACGCUUGAGUUCCAGGCAGGGUCAUGAGUGCAAAAUAAUAAUUUUAAGCUUGUAAAUAAUUCUAUUAUGAUUUAUAAUACUAAUCGAAAAAAACUUGCUCUUUUUUCCCUUCCCCCAAA